UUCACUGACUGGCAAAUGAGGACGUUGGGGCUGGAGGUGAGGUUGGGCUAACUCAGGGUAGAGAAGGGUUCAGGGGGAACCUAACAGAAGAACUGCCAAGGAGAAAGACAGGAGUGGCCUCCGCCAUGGCGGGAACAAAUGCACUUAUGACACUGGAGAACUUCAUUAAUGGGAAGUUUGUACCUUGUAACUCAUAUAUUGAUUCUUAUGAUCCGUCUACGGGAGAAGUGUACUGCCGAGUGCCAAACAGUGGAAAAGAAGAGAUUGAAGCGGCGGUGGAGGCUGCCCGGGCAGCCUUUCCUGGCUGGUCUGCCCGGAGCCCCCAGGAGCGCUCGAAGGUGCUGUACCGGCUGGCCGACCUGUUGGAGCAGUCCCUGGAGGAGCUGGCCCAGGCGGAAUCCAGAGACCAAGGGAAAACCGUCACACUGGCGAGAAGCAUGGACAUCCCCCGGGCGGUGCAGAACGUCCGGUUCUUCGCGUCGUCGGUCCUGCACCACACGUCGGAGUGCACGCAGGCGGACCCCGCGGGCUGUGUGCACUACACCGUGCGGGCGCCCGUGGGCAUCGGUGGGUGCCGCCCGCACCGCGGAGCCGAGCCCCAGCCCGAGCCCGAGCCCGAGAGCGGACACCUCCCACCUGGGCUGAAAGCUGGUCUGAUCAGCCCCUGGAACUUGCCACUCUACUUGCUGACCUGGAAGGUGGCACCAGCCAUCGCCGCUGGCAAUACCGUGAUAGCCAAGCCCAGCGAGCUGACUUCGGUGACUGCGUGGAUGAUGUGCAAGCUCCUGGAGAAAGCAGGUGUUCCACCAGGUGUGGUAAAUAUUGUGUUUGGAACGGGGCCCAGGGUAGGUGAGGCCCUGGUGGCCCAUCCAGAGGUACCCCUAAUUUCCUUCACGGGGAGUCAGCCCACAGCCGAGCGGAUCAUACAUCUGAGUGCUCCCCACUGCAAGAAGCUCUCCCUGGAGCUGGGGGGCAAGAACCCUGCCAUCAUCUUUGAGGACGCCAACCUGGAGGAGUGUAUUCCGACGACUGUCAAGUCCAGCUUUGCCAACCAGGGUGAAAUCUGCCUCUGUACCAGCAGAAUCUUUGUUCAGAGGAGCAUCUAUGAGGAAUUUUUGGAGAAGUUUGUAGAAGCUACCAGAAGGUGGAAAGUUGGCAUUCCCUCCGAUCCAUUGGCCAGCAUGGGAGCUCUGAUAAGUAAAGCUCAUUUGGAGAAAGUCAGAAGUUACAUCAAGAAAGCCCGUUCGGAAGGGGCCCAAAUUCUGUGUGGUGAGGGGGUAGAUACAUUGAGUCUCCCCGCCAAGAAUCAAGGAGGAUACUUUAUGCUUCCCACAGUGAUAACACACAUUAAGGAUGAAUCUUGCUGCAUGAAGGAAGAGAUAUUUGGUCCAGUGACAUGUGUCGUCCCCUUUGAUAGUGAAGAGGAAGUGAUUCAAAGAGCCAACAGCGUUAAAUAUGGGCUGGCAGCAACAGUGUGGUCAUGCAACGUAGGCCGUGUUCACAGGGUAGCUAAGAAGUUGCAGUCAGGCUUGGUCUGGACCAACUGCUGGCUCAUCAGAGAGCUGAACCUCCCUUUUGGGGGGAUGAAGAGCUCUGGGGUGGGUAGAGAAGGAGGCAAGGACUCUUAUGAAUUUUUCACUGAAGUCAAAACCAUCACCAUUAAACACUGAUCUUGGCCAGUAGAGAAGCUGUUAUGGUCAAUGCUUGGCUGUAGACUCAGUCAUCCAGUGCAGUGAGCAGAUAUACCAGCAUAAAUUCCAGCCACAACUUGGCACAGCAGGUUUUCUCUACCUUCUCCUCAGUAAUUAGUACUUUAAUUUGCUGUCAAAGAGAGGCUAUGUUCACUAUGGAGUCAAAGAAGAGAAGACUUCUGAACAGGGAGGCACAGAAAGGAAGCCAAGUAAUUGUCAGGCUCCUUGUCUGUUGUGUCUUCACUUUUUGUUUUCAUCAUUUUGACUGAAUUCUUGGAAAUUUACAGAUAAUUUUUUUCAUGUUUAAGUAUAUAUACAUAUGCACAUAUACAUAUAUAUGUAAAUGAUGAUAAACAUAACAUGGAAUUUGUCAGAGCAGGCAUAUAUGGUAGCUCCCACUAAAUAUAUCUAAACAAGAACAAAGAAAAAUAAAAUAAUGUCUACUUUUGGAGGGAAAUUGAAGCAAGAAGAGGAAAUAGUUUGAUCCAUUUCUACUAUGGGGUCUAAUCAAUGCCAAUUCUUCGUGUCUGUAUCUCAUGAGACAACCUAUAAAUCCUAAAAGAAUAAAUGUUAAGUUUAGGGGCUGAAUAUAGCAUA